UGCAUUGACGUCACGUGCGGUCUCAGGUAAGUUAAGAAAUUGUCAAAACGUAAUUAAGCAGCGCUAAGCAUGGAUUAGUAGCUUAGUUUGCAGGUUUUGUUUGCCGUGGUGCUUGAGGCUCAGUUUCAGUGACUGAAGCAAAAGCAAAUGGUGGUUGAAAUUCAAAUUGAAGCUAUUUUUGUUGUAAAUAAACAAAAAAAGAAAUAAUUUAGUGGUGGCUCUGUUCUGGGUGUUUCAUAAUUAUGUAUGGGGAUGUCAGAGGACCCAAUUUACUGCACCCUGCCACUCUCACUCACUUGCACCUAACCUAACCUUAUUUUCUUCUUCUUCUUCUUCUUCUUCUUCUCCUUCUCUGCACUCACUCACUUGUGCCUAUUCCCUUUUCUUUCAUCCCUCCACUCCAAGCCAUGGCCACUGCUGCUUCUUCUUCCUCCCUUCCUUCUCUCCCACCACCUUCCCCCAAGUCACCCCCUGACUUGUACGGCAAGCGCCGCGACACCGCCAGGCUUCACAUGCUGGACAGAGAAAUCACUUUUCUCGAGGUUGAGUUGAAAAAUGUUGAAGCCCUUCAACCAGCUUCAGCAUGCUGCAAAGAGGUUGCUGAUUUCGUGGUCGCCAACUCUGAUCCUCUCUUACCUUCCAGAAGCAAGAAGAAUCACAGGUCAUGCCGCUUUUGGAAGUGGCUCUGUGGUUUGCCAUGUUUAAACUUGUCUUGGAUCUGCUGCUGCUGCUUCUGCUGUGAAGGCUUUCCUGUACAUCUGAAAUUACCAAGCUGCCACUGCUGCAGGCCAUGCAGUUGCUGCAGCUGCAGCUGCAAUUGUCUUCCCUCCAUCAAUUGCUCCUUGCCAAAAUGGCUGUGCUGCUGCUUGUGUCCCACUUCGUCAUCAAAUUGCUGUAAAGGGAGUAACUGCUGCUCAUUUUCCAAAUCAAGUUGCUGUAAAUGGAGCAGCUGCUGUUCUUGUUCCAGAUCAAAGUGCUGUAAAUGGAGGAGGAGGAGCUGCUUCAGUUGCUCUUGUCCUGAAUCAAAAUGCUGCCAAGGUAGCUGCGGCUUCGGAAACUGCUGCAUUCUCCCAAGCAGUUGCAGUUUUCAGUGUCCAUCUUGCCCUUCUUGCUGCAGUUGCAAAUGCUCCUGCACUUGUUCUUGCCCCAGUUGUCCCAAGGUACACCCUUGUUGCUGCUGUACAAAGUCCUUUUGGAGAAGCGCUUUCUGCUGUUUCUGUUGUUAGAUUUUCAAAUUAUAUUAUAUUACUUGCUCAAUUUGCAAUUAUGAUAUAGUUAGAGUAUAAAUUUUGGAAAUAUAAAGGAGUUUUUUUUAUUAUAAAAUGUUAUAAGCGAAGUUAGAUUUUGAAGUAUUUGUAUAGUUAGUUGAAGCAAAUGUAGUAGUUCUGCUUUGUAAUUUGUGGGCCAGAUAAAUUUGGUCCUUUAUUGUCAGCAUUUUUCAGUGUUGCAUGUGAGAUGGAAGAUGCAAUAGUAUAAAUUUAUAAAAA